CCGGGCGCUCGGCGCAGCCUCCCCUCCCCUCUCCUCUCCUCCCUCCGCUCUGGCGGAGCCCUGCGCCGGUGGGGGAAGGUGUGUGUGUGGCGGGGGUGAACUCCGGGCGAAGGGACGCUCCCGUGCACUCUGCCUCUCCCCAGCCCCCGCUCCCCUCCGCGUGCCUCCUCCUCUGGUCACUGGGACUGAUGAAUUAAUCAUGAUGUGGCUGCUGUUAAUGCAUUUAUGUGGAGCGGGCUGUGCCACCGGCUCGAGGCGUAGCGCGGCGGGGUGAGGGAGUGAGGAGAGCGCCGGCCCCUCCGCUCCGCUCCGCUCCGGCGGGGAGCCGCCGCCGCCAGCCGCGCGGAGCCGAGGCCCCGGCCGCACCGCUCUCCAUGGCUCCGGAGGAGGCUCACUUUCAUCGCCGCUGACGCUGUCAAAAACGUUGUGGCUUCAGCAGUAACAACAGCGAGCCCACUCCCUCCGCCGGGCUGCCGGGUCACCCGCUCCGUGUGAGAAAUUAAACGCUGAUAAUCCAUUAGCUUCAUCUUCCCCGCUUACGCGAGAGUGAUGAAGACUUGCUAAUUAAUUUACAUACGAGGGAAUGAUCUCUGAAGGAAGGAAAAAAUACCCCGUUGCACCUGCUCCGCCGAGACUUGUCAUCUGAAUCUGGAGGAGAGCUAUAAAUCAUGUAAAGUGUUCGCGGUGGAGUCGGCUUCUGAGAGCUGUAGGAUUAUGUAUCCAAAUGCUGAAUUUAUAUUUCCCACUAGGAAAAGACUGAAACUCAGGUAAAUGAAAACCAGUAAUGCCAUGUCUUCAGGGCAGGUAGAGAACAAGAUGCUUCAGAAACUUGCUGUGUGUUUGCCACGGGUUCUGCCAACCAACUGGAGAGGGGACUUCCCUAUUCUUUCAUUAGUCAAGCAUAACAUUAUCUUGAACUAAUUAUUCCUCUCCACAUGGCCUUCCUACUAGUGUCAGCUUAUCUUCUGCUGACUCAUGCUCAGGGUGCUCCUGCUGAACAUGGGGCACUGUUGGAAACACUGAAGUCACAAGUAGGAUUAUUCAGCAAUAAAAGUGAACACUAUUCAGCACAGGUGAGACCUCCUGGCACAAGCCGACAAAUACCUCAGACAAUCAUCAUAGGAGUUCGUAAAGGAGGGACAAGGGCUUUGCUGGAAAUGUUGGAUAUUCAUCCUAAUAUUGUGGUUGCAGCUACAGAAGUCCAUUUCUUUGACUGGGAUGAAAAUUAUGUGAAAGGAAUAGACUGGUAUAGAAGUCUGAUGCCAUUUUCUUAUGGAAAUCAAAUUACAAUUGAGAAAACACCAGGCUAUUUUACAUCACCACAGGCUCCAGGAAGAAUUCAUGACAUGAAUAGCUCUAUUAAACUGCUGCUCAUUCUAAGAGAUCCCACUGAGAGAGUUAUAUCUGACUAUACCCAAGUAUAUUACAACAGAGUAGAAAGCCACAAGCCUGUUCAGCUUUUUGAAGAUAUUGUUAUUAAGAAUGGAGCACUUAAUACCAAAUACAAAGCUAUUCAGAGAAGUCUAUAUGAUGUUCAUAUGGAAAAGUGGCUUAAGCAUUUCAGUUUGGAUCAGAUUCACAUAGUGGAUGGCAAUACUUUAAUCAAGGACCCUCUUCCUGAAUUACAAAAAGUUGAAAGAUUUCUAAAUCUUCCUUCCCGGAUUAUGUCUUCUAAUUUUUAUUUUAAUCAAACCAAGGGAUUCUACUGCAUUAGAAGUGAUGGAAGGGAGAGAUGUUUACAUGAAUCCAAAGGCCGCCCCCAUCCCCUUGUGAACAACACUGUUUUAGAGCAACUGUAUUCUUACUUCAGAGAGCACAAUGCAAAAUUUUACAGAAUGGUUAAUCAUUCCUUUGACUGGCAUUAAUGCAUUUGGAAUCAAUGUUUCUUAAAAAGGGCCUGAAACAAAGUCUUUCAAACAUAUCUUUCUAAACUGUAGAGAUUGGUACUAUGAGAACUGGUUAUAUGCUUCAUUGGAAUAACACAUGUGUUAACUCACUGAAAUGGUACCCUUUACGUUGGGAAAGAUAAGUUUCACGUAUUUGUAUGAUUACUGUGAGUCAUAUCCUGAUCUUUCUCUCACCAUGCAAAUACAUUAACUUCAGCGGACUUAUUUCAGAUACUUACCUGUUACAAGAUUUGUGCUGUUUUGGAAAAAAUGACUGCUUCUAACAGUGUAAAAAAUGUAAAUAUUUGAAAUGGUAUUAUUCUAACUGUUCUGUAUUUUUUGUUGUUAGUAUUUUUUAUAUCACACACAAUGAUAGUGGUGUUGAUUUCUAGAAUUUUUCAUACAAUAAGUUAAAUUGUAUGUUAAACAGGGGCAUACAUAGUGGCUCCAAUAAAUAAUUCAUCCUCUGUUAA